AUGAAGUCCGCCAUUUUUACGUCAGCCGUCCUCGCGGCGGCCGCUGUCGCUCAGCCUCACGGCCACGGCCAUGGAGGCCGCAAGCACCAGCAUGACGCUCGCGCUCACGUCGUCGAAUGGGUGACACUGACGGUCACGGAGUACAUGGAAUCUACCACGACCCGCUUCAUCAUGCCCGGCGAAAAGGCCGACCCUACACCGGCGCCUGAUGCCAAACCACAGCCUCCUCCUGCGGCACCCCCCGUCGCAAUUCCUGAGGCCCCCAAGCAGGAGCCCGUCCAGGAAGCCGCGAAAAAUCCCGAAGCACCGCCCCAGCCGUCAGUCUCGCCCACUCCGCCACCCAAACAGCCUGAUACCCCUGCGCCCGCGGCCAAGCCUGUCUAUAAACCUCCCCCUCCGGUGCAGGCUCCCGCUCCUGCUCCUGCUCCUGCUCCCGCUCCUGCUCCCGCUCCGGCCGCGGAGAACAAGAGUGCCGCUCCCAGCACGGGCGGCGCAGGUUCUUACUCCGGCCCUCUCACAUACUACGCCGUUGGCCUGGGCGCUUGUGGUUACACCGACACCGACACCGAGAACAUCAUCGCCCUCUCCGUCCCCAUGUACGGCUCGGGUGGUCGUUGCAACAGCAAAAUCACCAUCACGGCCAACGGCAAGAGCGUUCAGGCUGUCGUCCGGGACAAGUGCAUGGGCUGCGAGCCGACACACAUCGAUGCCAGCCAGAAUGUCUGGAAGGAGCUCGGCCUCAGUCUGGACAUUGGCAAAACCACCGUCAGCUGGUCGUUCAACUAA